UCUGUCGGAGAAACUAUUAAAUUCUACCAAGACGACGCAAAAAAUCAAAAAAAACCAAACCUCUUGAAAAAUCCGGUUUGUGAGCCUGAAUAUGUUCCCGUAAUUAAGAGUUCAAGACCUGUUGAUGGUGAGAAGUAUGAAGUCCCUAUUUAUGAACAUGACAAAUUACUUCCAUCUUUCAUUCGUAAUCACACGACCUCACGAUAUGCGCUUGCGCUGGCUUUGGCAAGAAAUCAUUUACGUCAAAAAGAAGUAAGCUCUGGAACUAAAGGCUAUAAUGGAGUAAUUGUUUUGGAACGUGAAAAAUAA